UGCAACUUGACGGAACGUCGUCAACAACUGGUCAGGAUAGCAGGAAAAGAGUCAUUUAAUCCAACUAUAGCUAGCCUUACACGCAGAACUGAGGUUUGUUUUUGCGUUUUUAAGCAGCAAAGUACAAAGACAAAUCUAUUCUGCUUACCCGUUUUCCUUAACAAGCCAACCAUGAUGGGUAAAGUUGGGAGCGGCUAACGUUAGCCGCCUGAAUGCUGUUCAGCCUGUGACAGUGGGGGGAGGCUGCUGAUACCGACUGUGAGCCUGCGGUGGGUUGUGGCUAGCCAGAAAACAUCGCCUCGGUCGGACGUCCUUGAACGUCCAGAGUUUUCCCAGUAAUUUCUGGACAAGAGGGAGUUUUUCCAGAUAAACCACCAUGGAUUUGUUUGACAGUAACACUGCAGAACGAGCUAACCUGCCGAGGAACAUGAUCGAGAACAGCAUGUUCGAAGAAGAGCCUGAUGUGGUGGAUCUGGCCAAAGACUCCAACACAUUUCCAACAUUUCCCACUCUUGACCCGGAUGAGGUGGCAUAUGAGCCUCGCAGCUCACGGUUGCUGGUGCGUGGCCUGGGAGAAAACGACAUGGAUGAUGAUGAAGAGGACUGCGAGUCUUCUGCACGUCUCCUAGGAAUGUCCUUUAUGAACCGCAGCUCUUCUCACAGGUCCAGCUCGUCCCCUUAUGUCAGGCAAUCUCCACCAAGGUCAUGUUCACGACCCUCAGCUCGUACAAUGGUUGUGUGUGUGUUUCUCCUGGUGAUCGUAGCCUCGUUGACCAUGGUGCUGUACUUCCUACCUGGCUGCACCUUCACCAAGGCUGGUUGUCCUCAGCCAAAUAAGACCACACCCCUGGAGCCAGUCUACCCUAAUUCCACAAACGGAGAACUGUUUCCAUGGGCUGAACUCCGACUGCCUCACAGCAUACGACCUCUCAGCUAUGACCUCACCUUCACCCCCGACCUUGACUCCAUGACCUUUACUGGCAAAGCUGCCAUUGAAAUGUCUGUACUUCACAACACAAAGCGGAUUGUGCUCCAUGCUGCUAAUCUCAACAUUACCAAAGCUACGUUUAAGCUGGGCAGCGGACAGGCCCGUGACGUGACUGUACUGGAGUACAAACCCCGACAGCAGAUUGCUGUGAAGUUCCCGGAGGAGCUGAAAACAGACCAACAGUGUGUUUUGACAUUUGAAUACAAUGCUAACCUCUCACACAGCUAUGAUGGUUUCUACAAUAGCUCAUACACUGAUCAAUACAGAAAGAAAAGAGUUCUUGCAGCAACACAGUUUGAGCCACUUUCAGCCAGGAAGGCCUUCCCUUGUUUUGAUGAGCCGUCUUUCAAAGCCACCUUCCUGAUAAAAAUCAACAGAAACCAAAGCUACAUGAGUCUUUCCAACAUGCCUAAGGCCAAAACCACACUUCUUUCCAGUGGCCUUGAGCAGGAUGAGUUUGAGAAGACCAACGUCAACAUGAGCACUUAUCUGGUGGCCUUCAUAGUUGCUAACUUCACCUCUGUCAGCAGCAGUGCUUCAGGAACAAAUGUCUCUGUAUAUUCUGUGCCAUAUAAGAAAGAACAGACUGGCUUCGCUUUGGACACAGCUUCCAAACUGCUGCAAUUUUACAACAAAUUCUUUGAGAUUGAAUACCCACUAAAGAAACUAGACUUGGUGGCCAUUCCUGACUUCCUGGCAGGAGCCAUGGAGAACUGGGGGCUCAUCACUUUCAGAGAGACCACCUUACUGCUGGACAACAACUCCUCCUCUUUUGAAAAACAAGUAGUAGCCUCUGUAAUAGCCCAUGAGAUCGCUCAUCAGUGGUUUGGAAACUUGGUAACCAUGAGCUGGUGGAACGACCUGUGGCUCAACGAAGGCUUCGCCACCUACAUGGAGUACAUGUCACUGCAGGAAAUAAUGCCCAGUUUUGACACUGGUUAUUUAUUCCUGACUGUGCGGUUCAGAGCCCUGGACAAAGAUGCGCUAAACUCCUCCCACCCUGUGUCGACAGAGGUUAACACGCCAGAACAAAUCGAGGAAAUGUUUGACUCAGUCUCCUAUGAAAAGGGUGCUUCAAUUCUCCUGAUGCUGAAUGCAUCACUGCCAGAGGAGCAGCAGUUCAAAAAGGGCAUUAUUCGGUAUCUGAAAUCAUUUAGUGGAUUAAAUACAGAAACGGUGGACCUUUGGAACAGCCUUACACAGGUUUCCAACCCGCGUAAGAAUAUUUCUGAGAUGAUGAGUUCAUGGACAUCACAGAAAGGCUUCCCAUUGGUCACUGUGAGUCGCAAAGGCGACAUGGUGACCUUCUCCCAGGAGCCUUUUCUGCUCACAUCUGACAACACCACAAAAGCACCCAGACAGUGGAAUAUUCCCAUCACAUUUGUGAACGACAGCUGUAGCUUGGCCCCGGCAUGCAGACAGAUGUUCAAUCUGAGUAAAAAGUCAGAAAGUUUAAAGGUACCAGAAAGCGUAAAGUGGCUAAAGUUGAACUACAAGAAUACCGGCUUCUACAUUGUUGACUAUGGACAAGAUGGUUGGAGUGCUAUUCAUGACGCUUUGUCCGAAAACAUCAACGUUCUCACAGCUGAAGACCGAGCCUCGGUCAUACAUAACAUCUUUACUCUCUCCAGACUGGGACGUGUCCCUUUUGUACAAGCAUGCCAGCUGUUGAGCUUCAUGCCUAACGAAACAGAGACGGCUCCUGUGACAGAAGCUCUGCUGCAGCUGAACAGCAUCUACAGGCUGCUCGAUAAAAGGCAGGAGUCUGACUUGGCAGCUCGAAUGAAGGAUUACAUUCAGCAUCAAUUUGGUUCUCUGAUGGAAAGUCAAACCUGGGAGGAGGAGGAGAGUCUAUCGAAACAGGAGCUGCGCUCCGCCCUCAUCUCAACGGCCUGCGCUCUGAAUAAUGAAGGCUACGUUGCCAAAGCCAAAUCCCUGUUCAAAAACUACACAGACUCCAAUUUUACCAGCAAGAUCCCAGGUGAUUUGCAGCAAGCUGUGUUUACAGUGGCUGCUCAGUCAGACGACGGCUGGCAAACUUUGUUCACCUUGUACGCAACUACCACCAAUGAUGCGCAGAAGCGAAAGAUGCUAAAAGGCCUGGCAUCCACUCAAGACCCACAUCGUAUUGCAUGGAUUCUCAAGGCCGGUCUGAGUGGGGAUAUCAUCCAGACACAGGAGCUGCCUCUCAUCAUCAACACUGUGUGUAACGGAUUUGCUGGCUAUUUGUUUGCUUGGGAUUUUAUACAAGUAAACUGGGACCGCCUCAUAGAGAAGUUUCCUGUGGGCUCCUUUGCCAUUCAGACAAUCGUCAAAUCCACUACCUCCCAGUUCUCCACACAGGUGCAUCUUGAUCAGGUUCAGGCGUUCUUCUCCAGCCUGAAGCAGCGCGGCUCUCAGAUGAGGAGUGUGCAGGAGGCUCUGGAAACCAUCAGGCUGAACAAACGGUGGAUAGAAAACAACUUAGAAGCUAUGAGAAAAUUGUCUUAGGAAGGUUAAGUCAACCUGAAUCCGCCCCGAUAGCGAGCAGGUGGGGGUGCAUCUUCAAGACAGCAGCAGUGUUUGCACUAUUUUUGGACUCUGUCCCUUAACUCCCAGUAUCCAGAUCAGAGCAAUAAUCAAAAGCUCCUUCUGGAUGAAAGGUUUCUGAGAUGAGUCCUGUCAGUUUUACUUGAUAGCUCAGGGUGGUUCUAAUUGUCCGUCUGAUUGUUGUCAGACUCAAGACACACUCCUUGUGUUUUAUGCUGUCGACCAAACCUCCUCCGCAGUUCUCAUCUAAACUUUGUGCUUUAUUAGACAAUCAUGGUUCAAAGAUUGAAACAGACCUUCUUUCGCCCCUUGCUGCGUCUCAAACACCCAACCAUUUAGGCUAUAAAAUAUUUCAAAACAUCCGAUUUUAUGUACGAAGACGAGGCGGCGCGACAUUCGUCAGCAGUGCGGAAAUAAGAGAUGCAGUUUUGUGAAAUGGAUCCCCAUCACUCCUGUAACUACAGAGUUUUGCCAUGUUGAUGCUAGUCAGGCUAGUUGAUUAAUUGAUGGUUUAAAAUGCCAAACUGUUUUGGUAUCAGUUGAAUGUAGUAAGAAACCUUCCCACUGUGUGCAGUAAAGGAUGUACUGAAAACCAGUGCAGGUUUAAAUCACCCAAUGUGUCUUACAGCAGGUGAGAGCAGGCAGCCAACACUGGAGCCAAACGGUCUCUUUAUUUAGUUUCAACUCUGAUCCACCUGUUUUACUCUACUUUUGUUGCCUCUAAUCUCUUUUUUUCCCCUUUUUUUUAGUCCAUACCUGUGUAAGGCUGUAACAAUAAUGUAAAUACUGUCAGAAAUGUGCUUUUGGAAGUACUAUUUUAGACAUAUUGACUUUUAAUAUUUUACAACUUGAUAUCUGUUGUGUUUGUUUAUAGUGUAAAGUUUUAUUUUGAGUCCAGGUCAAAGCUUUUUUUUUCUUUUUGUUAUUUUCAUAUUUCCUUAUUUAGACAACCAAAAGGAGGUCGUUUGCUGAUGAAUGUUGUGUUACAAGGGCUACUGUGCAUAUUAGAGAUAUCAGGCAUCUGUGUUUAUCUGUCGAUACUUAUUGAUAAUUUGUUGUUUAUUAGUCUAAAAAACGCAGAGGUUGCGUCACUCCUCGGAAGUAGUUAUUUAUUAACAGUCUUCACAUGUGACUCUUUGUUUUCUGAAAUGUUGUUUAAAGGCAGAUGCAUGUCCAGAGAGGUACUUUCUUCAGAUUCACUUUCCUGUUACGUUUAUCAUGGUUUCAUUUUGUUUCACACGUUAGAAACAGUGGAGUUACGUAAUACUGAGUGUCAUUUAUGCCCACAAAGGCAACUCAAGAUAUCGGUGAAAUGCUCCUCCUAAUGGUACCUUUUGGACAAGGCGAUUCGAUGAAACCUCUGUUAUUGAUGGGUUCUGUGGUGCAAAAGGUUCUUGAAACGUAUGAAAUUGCUUUGUAGCAUUUUCCAGAUCUGGAUAAGUUAAGGAAAAAAAAAAGCUUGAUCUUACUCUUUUUCUUUCUUACAUUUUCAAAAACAAAUUGACAUUUAUCUAUAUUAAAUUCCCAUGCUUUUGUCUUUGACUUGCCAAAUUACAUAUUUAACAUUUUAGCCAUGGGUAUCUUGGUUUUGCAUAGUGAAGAAUUAUUAUUGAACUCCCUGUUUGGUCUCCAGACAGCAUUAAAUUCAGAUUAAACUGAACCAGUGGUUCCUAAACUGGGUUUAAAAUAUUCAACAAAGCACAAUAGCUGAUAUUUUUUUAGAAAUCUCUUGAAACAAAAUAAAAACACCAAUUUUUUUUUUCUACUGUGCUUUAAGUAAUCUGUUUUUUAGUCUAGGAUUUUACAUCAUUGGAACCGUCCAAACAUUUUCAAAACGGAGCUGAUCGAAAUCAGUCCAGAUCCUACAAAUGCAUUAUGCUUAUGUUACUCCAAAAAUCAGUGUUGAGCCUACAGAUAACAUGUGACGACUAUUCAACGGGUACAAAUAGAUUUGUAGUAAUUUAUUUAGAAAUGUAGAAAAGUCAAGUCUUUAAAAGUGUGAAGUUAUAAGUUUCCAAAGUAGAAGAAAUUAAGACAAAAACAAGUGACUGGAUCAAACUUUGUAAAGCAUCUCAUCACAGUUUAAAUCUGUGUAAAGAUUUUUAAUAUUUCAACCAAUUAUUUUGUCCUCUCACUGAUUCUACUUGCUGAAAGGAUUUCGUUCAGUUUUGCUCAGAUAUCUUUCUGUUACGUAAGAGCGCCAUGCUCGCAGUGAAACUGUAAAACAUUUUGUUUUUGCACUGAUAUAAUGCCCUUCAUAUCCUUUCAGGAUUUUAUUGCUUGAAAUCUGCACAGAUUGUUCAACUAAGCUACUUAGGAAAAACAUUUAAAAUUGAAAAAAAUUGAAAGGGAACUCCAUUUUCACCAGUCAGAUUUUCCCACAUUGUUCAUCUGUCCUUUUUUUGUUGCAUUGUUUUUUUCUUUCUGUCAAAAACUGCCCAAAGUUUAAGUUCCUGUGCUUUACAAGCCUUUUUCAUGAAGCAAACUGUUUCAUUUAUUAUCAUUAUUGACACUCUGAAUAAAGCUAAUUUGAAUCCAA